AUGUCUGACGAUAAAAUUACAAGUGAUUCACCUGAAAAUAGAGAAACGUUAGAAGAGUUAUCAUCCGGUGUAACAAAGAAAGAUAUAACAGCUACAAUGAAAUAUGAUAAAAAUCGUAGAUUAACUAUGAAACCUUUUAGUAAUCGACAUAAAAAAUUUGGUGAUAAUAAAUCAUCAGAUGAGGGAUCAUCUUAUGGUGAACCUGAAGAUGAAGAUGCAUUUGAUGCAUUUAUUCUAAAUAAUUUUAGUCCGUUCUCCGGAAAUGAGAAUGUGAUUGAAUGGUUAGAUAUAACUGAUGAGAAGUUCAAUAUUUUCGAAAUUUCACGUAAUCUUCGAUGUCUUGCGAUUCCUUUGCUUGUCAAAGGAGAUGCUAAACGAACAUAUAUCAAUGAUAAGAAUAAGAUAAAUACUACUUUUGAAGCAAAUGAUAGUCUACCACAACCUCCAAUUUUACGUUCAACUGCAUUACUUGAUCUAGGAGCCACCAGUUUAUCCGGUGAUGAUCCUGUUAAUCGAUCAAAUGUUGCAUCAUGCCAGAAUAUAUUUCUUAGUUCUAGUAUUCUUGAUCAAACAGCUUAUGCACUUCGUCGUGGAAUUGUUGAUAGUCUUAUUAAGAAUCCAAAAACCUUUCGAGGUGGCAAGGAUGAUGUUAAACACAUUGCGAAAUCAUUACUUGGACAAACAUAA